AACAGUCUACUUCAUUAUUUUUUUUUGUGUAAAACGCAGGUCUCCAAUUCUGGUCCUGGGGACCACAGGGUGUGCCGAACUUUGUUUAACUACUACACAUCCAAUCAUAGGCUUAGCGAUGACCGUAGUUGAAUAGUUGAAUCGGGUGUGUAGGCCUACUAGCUUGAUGGAACGUAAUCCUGCACACCCAGCAGGACCAGGAUGGAACAACACUAGCAGUGCUGUAAACUUAUCAGCCAACUGGCCCUAAUGCCUUUUUUCCUAGGUGGAAGAAUGUAUGGCAUUCUAGCCUAGACUCGUGGCUAUCGGACUGGGUUUUUAUUUAAGAGGAGCAAAGGAAAGAGGGAGGCUGUGAAAUCGUCAUGCAAUCAGAGUUGUACAGUCAUAAAAGAGAGAUGGUGGCAAAACCUCAACUAAGAGUUCUCAUAUGGGUCACUGUUGCGACUUUGCGGUUUCAAGAUCUUUUAGAUGUGUCUGGUGCCAUUCAUGGCGGUCUUCCUUCCCAGGGCUUGGGCAAAUCCAUCAGCGAUGCAAACUUGAUGUUUGAGUUCUUGUUGGGUGGAGUGGAGAUUGACAAAGACAACAACAUCGUCCUGCUGGACCUGGAGAUGGCAUCUAUGAGGCAGGGACGGGCUUUCCUGGCUCACAUCAACGACAACAUCCCCAAGACGCUCUCUUCCGUGGAGCAGAUGGUGAAGGACCUGGAGGACCAGAGAGGGCCUCUCCCUCUCUCCCAACCCCGCUUUGAGAGCCUCAUCCUGGGCAUGGUCUACUCUGCUCACCAGGCUAAGCUCCAGGAGAGAGAGGAGGACCAGGAGAAAUGGGGAGAGGUGCUGAUACGUCUGGUUAAUGUUACAGUCAACGAGCUACGUAGACCAGAGCCCAUCACAACACUCACUUAGAUUAGGAUACAGACUGUUCAUUAGCCUGGUCCCAAGCUUGUAAUUCUCUUUUUUAAUACAGUAUACAAAAGGAUACAGUGGGGGAAAAAAGUAUUUAGUCAGCCACCAAUUGUGCAAGUUCUCCCACUUAAA